UGGGAAUGGAAAAAACACUAACAGCCAUUCUUCUCUUUUCAACAACAUUGCCACAUCUUCUUGUGACCUUCACUCUGUUGCAGAGUUGGACUGAUGUGGCACAGAGCCUAAGUGGGCUUCUAUGGUAAAGCUCAUCCAGUAUGGCAGGAAAAGUAUCGUCGCCGGCGGCUAACCAGCCAAAUCAGACAGAGCCCAUCCGAAAGGCUAGCCGUCAUGGUGACGACAGGGCCAGUUUAAGCCUCCCUGAGCGGCUGAUGGUUGCUAUCUCUAUGCUUUUUGCCUUGUGUACUUUGCCUUUAACUCUUCUUACAUGCAUGAAGGUAGUCGCAGAGUAUGAACGAGCGGUCAUCUUCCGAUUUGGUCGAAUUGUACACACAAAACCAAAAGGACCAGGUAUUUUCAUCGCCUGGCCUCUCAUAGAUAGAUUUAUACGUGUGGACUUGAGAACAGUGUCCUUUGACAUCCCACCCCAAGAGAUCCUGACGAAAGACUCAGUUACUGUGUCUGUGGAUGGAGUAGUUUACUACCGUGUGAUCUGCCCCAUCUCUUCUGUGGCCAACGUUGAGAAUGCACAAGGAGCAACUCAACUGUUGGCACAGACCACUCUGAGGAACGUAUUGGGCACCAAGAACCUUUCACAGCUUCUUUCAGACAGAGCAUGCAUCUCACAAAGCAUGCAGGAUACUCUUGAUGAAGCCACUGAUGUAUGGGGCAUCAAGGUGGAGCGUGUGGAGAUCAAGGACGUGAAGCUUCCCCACCAGUUGCAGAGAGCUAUGGCUGCUGAGGCAGAGGCUACACGGGACGCCAGAGCUAAGGUGAUUGCUGCUGAGGGAGAGAUGAAUGCCUCUCGGGCGUUAAAGGAGGCAUCUCUGGUCAUCGCCGAGUCUCCCUCCGCUCUGCAGCUGCGCUACCUGCAGACCCUCACCACCAUCGCAGCCGAGAGGAACUCCACCAUCAUCUUUCCCCUGCCCAUUGACAUGAUGCAGCAGUUCGUCCGCAAGAAUUGAUGGGAUGAAGACGCAGAAAUAAACCGCUGAAAUGC